UGGUUGCAUUUUUUUUUUCUGUUGGCGGCAUUUUGAAAGCCUAUUUGAGGCUUGGUUUGGUUGAUUUGGUAAAUGCACAACUUUAGCAUUGCCAGACGUGCAUCCGGUCCGAUUGAUUGUUUUCCCUUGUGAAGCCCAAAAUAUGGUGGUGUCUACGAUUUCACCGUCACCGGUUCUAACUCAGGACGAUUUAAAGAAACUAGCAGCAUAUAAAGCAGUUGAAUACGUUGAAUCGGGGAUGGUAUUGGGGUUAGGAACCGGUUCGACAGCUUAUCACGCCGUGAAUCGAAUCGGAGAGCUAUUGAAACAAGGCAAACUCCACAACAUCAUAGGAAUCCCAACUUCCAAAAGAACUGAAGAGCAAGCACUUUCAUUAGGAAUACCAUUGUCCGACUUAGAUACUCAUCCAGUUCUUGAUCUUGCUAUCGACGGGGCAGACGAAGUCGAUACGCAUCUCAAUCUAGUCAAAGGACGUGGUGGAUCGUUACUCAGAGAAAAAAUGGUUGAAGGAGCGUGCCGUAAAUUUGUUGUAAUCGUUGAUGAAUCCAAGAUGGUGGAAACAUUAGGUGGGAGCGGGUUAGCUAUGCCCGUUGAGGUUGUUCCGUUCUGUUGGAAUUUCACCGCGACACGGCUUCAGAAUUUGUUUACUAAGGCGGGAUGUGUUGCGAAACUGAGGGCGGCGGAUGGUGGCGGGAAACCGUAUUUGACUGAUAAUGCGAAUUAUAUUGUUGAUUUGUAUUUUAAAGGGGAAAUCGGUGACUUGAAGGCUGCUAGUGAUGAGAUUCUGAGACUUGCUGGGGUUGUGGAGCAUGGGAUGUUUAUUGAUAUGGCAACUACUGUUAUUAUUGCCGGUGAACGCGGAAUCACUGUCAAGAAUAAAUAAAUGAGAAUGCACUUGUACUGCUGGAUGAUCAAAUGAAAUAAAAGAGUUAAAUG